UCCAAUUUACAUCGACAUCAUCGAUCAGCGCAUAGAUCAAAUUCAUUUCGUUGUCAGACGUGUGGAAGAUGCUUUAAUAGACGAGAUAAUUAUUUACGUCACACGAGAAAUCAUCCAGAAAAUUCUGAUAAAGAGUCAUAUGCAUCUGUAAAGGUGACAAAUUCAAAGAACUCUGACAAUGGUGACAAAGAAAAUAUGUGCCCUAAUCAGUCGGGCAGUGGAAAGUCGUCGAACGAUAUAAAAGACAAUGAAGCUGAAGAGGUAAAAGAAGAUUGUAUUUCAGAAGAAGAAGCUAUAGAGGGUCAUUUAAAAAAAGUUUUCAUAGAAGCAACCGACAAAAGUAAGUACGAUCCCCUGGCAUUCCUGAAAAUGAAGGAAGAAACCAUUAGAUCGAUUUUAAGAAAGGAGCGUACCAAAAGGAAAAGAAUUAAAUUUUAUAUCACCCUACAAGUGCGAUUCACUAAGACAACAGGGGAUCAAGUAGAAAUUGCAGAACCUCAUUUCCACAGACGUUGCCAUAUACUGUUAAACAAUGAAGAUAUUGAGCCUACGUUGAGGGAGAGCAUCAUGAAAAUAUUUAACGCUUUUAUUGAAUAUCAACGAGAAGGCAGUAACUGGGUACUGGACAAGGUUCUGGGAGUGACGGUUCAUAUCGUACAAUAUAACCCAAUAAAAGGAUCCAGGUAUUUGUCACUACCAGCAAAACUCGCCAGCAAAAAAGCCAUUGUCAACGUUCAGAAUACCGAUCAAAAAUGUUUCAUGUGGUCGGUUUUAGCUGCUCUUUACCCAGUCACAAAUCAUCCCGAACGAGUCGUGAAUUAUGUGCAGCAUAUAGAAAAGCUAGACUUCUCAGGCAUUUCAUUUCCCGUCCGGGUCGGAGACAUUCCAAAAUUCGAAAAGAGAAACGGCAUAUCCAUCAAUGUAUUUGGAUAUGAAAAACGAGAUUUAUAUCCUCUUCAUCUGACAAGAGAAAGAGGAUUAAAGCAUGUAGAUCUCCUCGUUCUUAACAGAGGAGAUACCUCACACUACUGUUGGAUAAAAAGCAUCAACAGAUUACUGAAUGAUGGGCAAAAAGGAAAUCAACUGUAUCACUGUCAUUACUGUCUCCAUGGAUUUACUAAACAGCAGCUUUUAGAAAAACACGUUCCUUACUGUGAAGUACACGGUGCACAGCGGACCGAGAUGCCAACUAAAGAAGAUAAAUGGCUAGAGUUCAGCGAUGUCUCCAAACAACUUAAGGUUCCAUUUGUGAUCUAUGCCGACUUUGAAAGUAUUCUUGAGAGGCAUUAUGGCUGUCAACCGGAUCCUAGUAAAUCGUCCACUAUUAAGCUAGCAAAGCAUAUUCCCUCAGGAUUUACUUACAAAGUUGUCGGACUUUCAUCAAAUAUCACAAUGAAUCACGUGACAUACCGUGGUCAUGAUGCCGUUGAUAAGUUUAUUGACCAUAUGAUCAAAUUAGAAGACGAGCUUUUGGGGGUCCUACGCGAAUCAAAGCCUAUGGAUUUGUCUGAAGAGGAGACAAAAGCAUUCCAGGAAGCGACUAAGUGCCACAUCUGUAACAAAGAAUUAGGAGAAGAUACCGUUCGUGAUCACUGCUAUGUGACGGGAAAAUUUCGAGGCGCAGCUCACAGUAAUUGUAAUCUAAACCUUCGACUCAGAGAGAGAAUACCGGUAUUUUUUCAUAACCUGAAAGGAUAUGAUGCUCACCAUAUCAUGAAUGCCCUCGGCAAGUACAAGCACAAAAAGAUCAACUGCAUUCCUCAGAACCACGAGAAAUACAUUUCGUUUUCUUAAGGAAGAUUAGAUUUCGUCGACACGUUCCAAUUUUUGUCUACAUCUCUCGACAAACUAUCGUCAAAUUUAGCUAAAGAGGGUCUUCAUAAAUUUCCUCAUCUCCAAGCAUACGUAGCCAAUACCCACCCACGAAACGAGCAGACAAAGCUUCAAUUGUUAAGCAGAAAAGGAGUGUAUCCUUACCGCUACAUGAACUCAUUCAAAAAGUUUCAAGAAACGACACUUCCACCACAACAAGCUUUCUACAAUGAUCUUGACGGUAAAACUGUGUCUGAUCAAGACUAUUUGCAUGCACAAUGGGUUUGGGAUGUUUUCAACAUUCAGAAUUUAGGACAAUACCAUGAUCUGUACAUGGAAACCGACGUGCAUCUUUUAGCUGAUGUGUUUGAAAAUGUUCGUAAUCUCUGCUUAAACAUGUAUGGUCUCGAUGCGGCUCAUUUUUAUACGGCCCCAGGACUUGCAUGGCAGGCCGCUCUCAAGAUGACAGGUGUUCAACUUGAGCUUU